ACAGCCGAUAAAAUCUAGAAGAAGAAAAGGACUCUGCUCUUCCGUAAAGCAACUACGUAGCUUGAGAAACAAGAACACCUCAAGAAAACGCUGGUUUAACAAGAUGAGCAGUGAAAAAUACCCGCGGUCUUCUAUCGAAGACGAUUUUAACUACGGCACUAAUGUUGCUACGGCCAGUGUUCAGAUCCGUAUGGGCUUUCUAAGGAAGGUGUACACCCUCCUGAGCUUGCAGAUCAUCUUGACCACAGCCACCUCUGCUCUCUUCAUGUUCUCUCAGACCAUCAAGGAGUUUGUUAUCGCAAGCCCAGCUGUGGUGAUGGUUUCAUCUCUGCUCUCGCUGGUUCUUCUGGUGGCUCUCGCUGUGUACAGGCACCAACAUCCAGCUAACCUCUACCUCCUGUUUGCUUUUACUCUUCUGGAGGCGCUGUCUGUUGCCACAGCUCUCACCUUCUAUGAUUACUCCACAAUACUGCAAGCUUUGUUUCUCACCUGUGCUGUGUUCGCUGUAUUAACAGCCUACACCUUUCAGUCCAAAAGAGAUUUCAGCAAAAUGGGAGCUUGGCUUUUCUCCUGUCUGUGGAUCCUCAUCAUUGGAACCUUCAUGAGGCUCUUCUUCCACAGUGACGAUGCAGGUCUGUUCCUGGCUGGAGCUGGGGCCUUGGUCUUCUGUGGCUUCAUCAUCUAUGACACCAGCAUGCUGAUGAAGCAGCUCUCUCCUGAGGAGCACAUCUUGGCCUCCAUUAACCUCUACCUGGACAUUGUCAACCUCUUCCUGCACAUUCUCCGCGUCCUCGACUCGAUGAAGAAGCACUGAGUGCUGCAAACCCACAAUUUGCCUGUUCUGUGAUUAAUUUAUGCUUGUGAGUGUUGAUGUUGGUGCACCAAAAAUCCCAUUAUUGACCUUUGUAACUGUUAAAACAAUCGGUGUGUUCUUGGUAAGCUCUUUCUGUUGUUCUCUGCUGUUUGUUUGAAACCCCAAAUUAACCAGCGUUGUGGAUUAUUAUCAGUUUUUCUGUCUUGUAAAACCAACAAGUACUCGUCGUUUUGUGGAGGAAGGCCACACUGCCUGAUUUGAUAUGGAGCCAGUGAGCAGCUCGUCUGCCCCUAAUGCAGCUCAUUUCUUUUAAACAGCAGCUCUACACAGACCUCUCCAGUCGUGCUGCUCCAGUUCAUGCAGUUUACAGGUGAAGACAGAGCCUCACACUGAAAGGAGAGCUGGAUGGAUGCAAAUGCAGGAAGCAUUGAGAAAGGAAACACUGACCAAUCAGAUGUGUUCACAGACGUGUGUGUGUGUGCACAGAUCUGAUUGGUCAGUACUUCCUUUCUGAAUUUGAUUGGAUUCUGAAUGAUGCACACACACAAAGAUUUGCAAACAACAUUGGCUUUGUUAGAAAAUCUAAGCACAUCUUUAAAAUGAAUAAUAAUUUUGUCAGUACAGUUUUCCACGACGUGAACCAAACGUGCUCAUAGAACGAUGCUGAUAAGUAAUUAUAUAAACUGUACAUCACGUUGAAAUAAAGGAGAAAAUACAGAAAAGGUCUCGGACCUGUCUGAAAAACACAGGUUCUGUUUAACUUUGCAGAUCUAAGUAGGCUUAGAGAAAAGCAACACGUCCUGUCACAAUGUAAAGCAGUGUGUCCCAACCUGUGAGAGCCACGGCUUUGGUAUGAUGUGAACAGGUUCAUGUCUGAAACCCUCCAGUGUUGUUAAAUUAUGACAAAUCUCCAAAGAGGAGUGGGCCAAAGUUCCUCAGUGAUAACAAAGACCCGCUGGUAGUUAUCACAAACGCUUGAUUGCAGCUGCUGCUGAGGGUGACACGAGCAGUUAUUAGGUGUAGUCAAGUAGUUCAUGACAUCAAUUUAAAUAAAAUUAGAAUUUAAAAACUUCUAAACUAAUAUUAAAAUGUAUUUAUUUAUAUGACUGUUGUACAGCAGUCCAUCAUCUGAAAUGUGUGACAAAUACGCAGAAAGAGAAAAAUUAGGAAGGAGGCAAAACCUCUGUGUGCACAUUUGUGAACGGCCCGCUGUUUUAAUUUGUUAUGCAUAAGAUUUACUGCUGAGUCACCACAGACUCACUCCCCCUCUGUUAAUGGUCUGCCAGAUGAAUACAUGCUGAUUUAUAAAAGUGUAAAUGCACUAUCUAAAUUCUAAAAUUGUGAUAUUUACUUUUUAAUUUAUGAGCUUCUUGGUAUUGUUUUAAAUUCACUGUGUUUGUUUUUGCAAGUCUAUACAUGAAAAAGACUUUAUUAAAACAAUUAGGUGAAAUCAUG